CCGUUCACGUCGCCCGUUCACCUGCAACAUUUCGCUGGCAGAUUGCGAUGUAAAUGCGAAUUUUUUCGUAGAUGAUCUCAGACUGGUGCGUUCUUAGAUCAGAUUUGAUUUUCACCCCGUGGAAAAAUGUACCAGAAACUCGUCGUUUGCGUUCUGUGCUUCGCACUUGUCGCCACCCUGCCCACGGUUUACAAGUACAACGACAACAAAUUACUGGAACCGGAUUUGGUGCCCGUUUCGUCGACGGUGAUUCCCCUGCCUAUUUACCAGGUCGGCUAUGGCAUCAACGUCGCACCCUCCAAGACCGAGACCAAGGCCAAGAAGCCCGACGGUCCGGUCUCUUUGGUCACAGUUUACAGUAAGAAAAAAGCUAGUGAAUUGACAAAAAACACCUCAACCACCAAACAGGGUAACAAAAAGGAGUGACUUCACCAUAAAACAGUAACAAAGAAGUAAUCCAUCCUAACAGGACUUUAUAACGGGGGUGAAGAUUGGUGAUCUAACGAAUUUCGACGAUUUUUUAAUUUAUUUCGAUUUGUUGUUAUUUAAUGUACUAAUAAUUGUUUUAAUAAAAUUGUAAAUAACAUAAAA